GAGGAAUCUGGCAACCAGCUGUGUGGCUAAUCUGGUCAUGUUGUGUAGAGAGCUGCUAGUUCUGUCUGAAGAAGAAACUUCUUAUUCCUCCCUUAUUACAUUACUACUUUUAGCGUUCUUGUAAACACUGGGUCUGUUUUAUUUUUAUAAACAUGUUAUCUUCUACAUGGAACUUUAUCAAGCGUCAUAAAAGGAAAUUUAUUUUCGCUGGCGCUUUUGCAGGAGGUGUGUACCUGUUGGGGAAAUAUGCUCAGAGGAAGCUCCAGGAGAUGCAGGAGCGAGAGGCAGCCGAGUACAUCGCUCAGGCUCGGAGGCAGUUCCAUUUCGAGAGCAACCAGCGGACAUGUAACAUGACAGUGUUGUCUUUGCUUCCGACCCUGAAAGAGGCCAUCAUACACCACCUGAACUCAGAGAGUCUCACAGCGCUGCUGAAGUCCAGACCCACCAACAAGCUUGAGAUCUGGGAGGAUCUUAAGACAAUCAGUUUUACUCGGAGCAUCGUUGCUGUCUAUAGCACCUGCAUGCUGGUGGUGCUGCUCCGUGUCCAGCUCAACAUAAUCGGAGGCUACUUGUACCUGGACAACUCUGUAACUAAAAACGGAACGACGCCUUUGGCUCCUCCUGAAGUCCAGCAGAAGUAUCUGUCAAGCAUCCAGCACCUUCUUGGAGACGGUCUGGUGGAGCUGAUAACCGUGGUGAAGAAAGCAGUGCAGGAGAUCGUUGGACCGGUCUCUUUGAAGCAGAGUCUGUCUCUCCAGGAACUCGAGCAGCACAUCAUUGAAAUCCGUCAGCUGGUAGAGGAAAACUCUGGCUCGUCCACAUUCAGGUCACUGUCCUGCUACAUGAUGCCUGACGAGGAGAACCCUUUAGCUGAUCAGGCUUGUGGUCUGACGGAGAAUGACGUCACAACGAUAAAGCUGCUAAACGAAACCAGGGACAUGCUGGAGAACCCAGAUUUCAGUACCAUACUGAACGCCUGUCUGAACCGGGGCUUCAGCCAUUUUCUUGACAACAUGGCCGAGUUUUUUUGUCCCCCUCAGGGAGACUCUGCCCCCAGCAGUACACCUGAUAGUCUCUUACGUGUGACUCUCCCACUCGCCAAAAUAAUUCCCAUCGCGAACGGACAGAUUCAUUCCAUAUGCAGUGAAAUCCCCAGUCAGUUCGUUCAGGAUCUUUUAACAACGGAACAAGUAAAAGAAUUUGCAGCCAAUGUUUAUGAAGCUUUCAGCAACCCUCAUGAACUACAGAAGUAAAUGCUUUUCAUCGUCCUGAAUCUACAAACAGCAAGGAGCACAACGUUCCUCGGUCCCUUACCUGAUGGGGGGAACGAGCACCUGCUGGAAAAGCUGUGUGAGGUUUCUCUGUAAACCUGGAUGAUUAACGGUUGGAGCUCUGCUUUCAACAUUGCUCUCUUUUCUUCUCUAAUUUUUAAUUCCUAAUUUAGUCAUGAGCGUUUCCUGUCGUCAUACAGCACCUACAAUCCAGUGAGGGUCAAAGGCUAAGUUGAGGGGGUGGAGUUACACACCUGGAGGAAAGCGCUAUCCGCCCUCUUCCGCAUACAUGAGCUCACAGACGCGCAUGAUGGGGUAGAAUCGGUCUAGUUGACAGUGGAGAGCAUCUCUGGUCUUUUUUUCUUUCACGGUUUUAUCUUAUGGACAAUGUCCCAGGAUUUGUUACGUCCAUCACACAAGCUUCGUCAUGUCCAUAAAGACACCAGGAAACCUGUUUUUGUCAUUCCAUGCUCCUGAACAUUGACCCAGAAUGUUGAAAAUGUGAAUAUUGGGGACUGGGUUGAUGAUCUGGAUUUCCUGCUGGAUGUAGAGACUCGCACAAGCCAUGCGCCAAACCUCACCUCUCUUGGUUUCAUGUUUUUUAAACCAGAUCUGAAGUCACUGAAUUGAUCGUCAUAAAUAUGUGAUGUCUUUUUGCUAACAGUGCGUAUAAUAGGACAAAACAAAUUUAGAGGAACUUAAAUUAUUGACACUAAUGAAGAAUAUAAAAAAAUAAGUGCAAAUAAAUUCUUAUUCCUGAAAAAGAAA